GUUAGAGUUACAUUUAAAACACUUUGACAUAGCUCAGAGAUGUGCUCAAUAAACUACACAUGCAUUUAUAAUGUAGACAGUAUGAAGAUAUAAUCUUUAUGUGCCGAUAAAACGAACGUAUCAGAUAUCUAAUGCAUGAUAUAAUAAGAGCGCGUACUUUAGUGGGACAGCUCAAGUGUACGUUCGUUUUAUAUCGCAACAACUGAGUGCAAAAUGUAUGAAUGAUGACUGUGCUGGAAAUAAAUAUUUAAAGGUUUCAUUUGAGUUCCCAAGAUGUCGCGCUAUGCGGCCCAGAUGUUCAAGUGGGACGAACGGAAGGGCCUGAACAUGAAGGAGUAUUUCCGCCUUUACAAGGACAGGUUCCCAAUGCUAGGGGUCAUACUCGAGGGAUGGUACGGCGACACGCGCUUUGAUUGCUAUGACAACUUGCAGGUAGUUCGGAUCCAUUGCUACUCUUCACAGCCACGGGUGGUGAUCCGCGACUCAAACUCUCCGGACUUCCGGUUCCUCACACUUCCUGUAGACAGUCAGGUCAAGUUCCAGUUGGUCAUGGGUCCGAACAAGUGUAAGUUAAGAAAAUGUGUCACAAAAUAAGAUUUUAUAUCAUAUUAUUAAUAAGUUAAGAAUAUAAGCAAUAACUGAAAAAGUAGCACGUGUGUCCAGACAGAUAAUGCUAAUAUCUUCAAAUAAGGAGGACGAUAACUUCUCACUUCUCUCUGACAUCAAUAUCUACAAAAUAUUAUGUAAAAAAGCAAUUCAAUAUUUGUUAUCGCACUGACUAUAAAUAGGUUGAUAAGCAAAAUACUAAUAAAUGAGUAGUUUCCAACAUGUGCAAGAUCAUAUCUAUUCAAACUAAUAAAAACAUUACACUACAAAUUAUACUACUUACUUUAUGAUGUGCCUAUGUCAAUAUUUAAUUAUAUAUAUAUGUUGUAUGCAAUUCUUUCUUAAAUGACUUUCGUUCUAAUUGUCGCUUUAAAUCGAAUCGAUAUUUUAAGUCAAGUCAGUUACCGUAACGAACUAUAAAUGCCAGUAUUUCCUACUUCAGAUAGCUAUCAUCGUUAAACUGCUUAAUAAUUCUUCGAAAGGUUAUGUUAAAUAUAAACAUUUUACAGCGCUUAUCUAAACACAUACCAGACACCAUAUUACUUCUCCAAACUAACUGUAUAAAAGCGCAUUGUGAAUGGUUUCGAUGUGUUAAAUUACUUAUCUUUAAAGAUUUGACCUCAAUAUGUAUGGUAUUCGAUUCCGCCUCGAAGACUCGUUGAAUUACGAACAGUGUCAAAUACAGUAAGACUGCAUAUUUUUUUCCUGACGAUGUUCUCCAUACAAACUUGACGUUGCUAUUGUUCUCGAUGCCAAAUGGAAAUAUUAAAACCAUCGACUUCCUCCUCGAUAACCACGAGUUGCCUUUCCUGGUGAAGCUGGCGUGUCACGAAGACCAUCAGUUCAAUAUCGGAACCACCCGAUGUAAGGCGAGCUCGUUCGGAAACCUUCUCAUUACGGAGAAGUACCUUGAACACUAUUACAUGGUGAACUGCAUUGAUGGAGCAGACCCAAAGAUGAACCCCAUAGUGAACCUCAUUUAUCUGACAGAGAACCUGUCGAUGGCCCCUGUCACAGGCCUUAAGAACCGUCCUGAUGCGGACUUUGACGCGUAUAUGGGAAAACUAGACCAAGAGGCGGAAGGAAUCGUAUAUGACAGAAAAAUGGGAAAUUCAGAUUUCGCUGAGUACGAUACUCGCAAGAUUGACCCUAUGACGGGCGACGGAGGCAUACCUACUAUUGACCCUCCGGAAAUUCCCGGUCAGAUUUUGGAAGAGGAUGGUGACUAUAAUGAGAUUCCCCCCGAGCUGCCGACCAGAUCUAAGCCCCUGUCAGAACCACAAUCGUUGACAACACAAGAUCCGGCACAUAAAGACCCGAAACAGAAAGAUCCGACACAGAAAGAUCCGACAAAUAAAGAUCCGACAAAUAAAUUUCCCAAACAUAAAGAUCCAAAACAUAAAGAUUCAAAACAUAAAGAUCCGAAACAUAAAGAUCCGAAACAUAAAGAUAAACCGGCAAAGGCGGAGAAGAAACCCGCGCCUGUGUGCGCUAAGAAACCAAAGCCUUCUCCGACAGUACAGUCACCUAUUGCCGUGGCGGUGAAUGUAAGCGAAGAAAAGAACCCGGACCUUCCGGCUCGCAGACCUCUACCGCCGCCGACCAACACUUCCCAAUGCAAACAAGUGUAUGCUCUUAUAUACACUACAAUUGUGUCUUUAGGGGCGGUACCGUAUGUCAACACGUCCGUUGGCCGCGCAACAGUUCGUCCCUUCCCGAAAAAUAGCAUGGAGCCGGCAGUACAUGACGUCACUGAAGACGCUGGUUCUUACGAACUAGUGGGAACGGAAGAUGCAGUGUACUCAGAGGCUUAUGGUGACGUCAUACCUGUCUCGAAGGAAAGUGAAAACACAAGUCAUAUUUCGUAUGGGAAUUAUGUGAAACUCGGUAUGCCAGCGGUGACGCCUUCGUCUUACCUGAUGACGCAGAUAUUGAAUACAGAUCAAGACACUACGUCAACCAACAUGGAAAACAUUUAAACUUUGACAAUGAGUGAAAUAGGCGACAUUUUAAGGCUUUUGAAACUCGCCGAAUACGUAAAAACAUUUCAAGAUAACCAAGUGGACGGUGCCAUUUUGACGAGUCUCGAACGUGAUGAUUUGGUGAACGAGUUGGGGAUGAAGAAACUGCAGGCGACGAGACUAUUUAUGUACAAUUCUGAGGGCCACAUCCCCAAGUGAUUUCAUUCUGUGCGUGAUUCACAUUACGCGGAAUGCAAAUAUAUGAAACUUACUCAAUACCCAGUUUAUAAUUAAAAUCGUUUGGACUACAGCCAUUAUUAAAAUGAAAGUGAAGACUAUGUGCACAGAGCAUAGAAAACAUUAAUCAUUCUGUUACGAAAUUGUCAUAUGCAUGUUUUUUUAAAUGGCGUUCAAUAUGCAAGGCACGAGAAAACUUCGUGUUCUUAAUUUGAGUUAAUCAUGAAGCAUCCGUUCCAUUAUAAGAGAGUUUACAUUUAAUACAGUUAAAUGCAUCGGAAGUUUUAUCGUGCAUCCUCGAUACGACAACAUACUAAAAUUGCGCUGAUACAUGGUUUGAGUUGUUAACAAGCUUUAAUUGGACUGAUGUUGGCCGCUUCGUUAUUGUAUCAUGCAGUGUUUGUGCUAUGUUGUAAUAUGCCGUCCUUGCUAUUUGAUUCACCACUUAUCCUAAGUAUUUGAAAAAAUUUGCGUCUUAAACAUUAUAAUAAACCAGUUUUAUUGUAUGUCCAUGUAGACGUCUAUCAUUAACAUGGUGUGUGGUGCUGAUUGUGACAAAUUAUUGUUAUCAAACGUGUUCCAGAAUGUUUGCAGAACAUGAACUUCAUAUAUUGUUAUUACACCAUGCAACUAAAAUCUUUCGUUAUCGCUUCACAAUUCGCUGGUUAUGUGUUAAAAAUAAAUAUGCAAUUGUAUUGAA